AUGUCGAACCUCACUAGCCUCGAUUAUCUCGGAAUACUCAUAAUAGGCGCGUUCCUCCUCGUCACCACCCUCCUCAUCUGCGCCGAGCUCAUCGACAGCUUCACCGAAACCUCAUGCCCCUCCAUCCCCUGCCGCCAGCGCGCCCAGAACUUGCACCAUCUACUACGCUGGCUGCGCGUCUUCCCAGACUCGAAUCCCGGCAUAGGCGACAGGGCCCUCCGCUUCAUCACCGACGCCGCGCUGCCGCAGGGCGUGGCGCUGCUCGCCCUCGUCGCCUGGGGGACCCACCUAGCUUUGGACCGCGAGGUGCCGAGUCGGUGGUUCUGCUACCUCGUCGACAUCUUGGCGGCGUGCCUUGUGCUUCAGUGGGCUCUUCUAGUGGUGGACCAUAGAGCGCGGGCUCGAAGAGAGAGAGCGUUGGCAGCGGCGAAUGCUGGGAAAAUUGAAAGUAUGAAUGAAAAGAUCGUGGCAGAUCACAAGGCGCGGGAUCGCAAAGAGAGGGCGCGGGAUCGCAAAGAGAGGUCGGCGGCAGCCGCGAGUGCCACGAUAGCUCGCUAUUAUCCAAUGGGUAUGGGGCUUUUUGGGCACGGGACGGGCGAUUUGAAGGAGGGCUAUCCGUUUGCGCCCGUAUGUUCUUGA